GUCAGGGAGAGAUGUGCGCUCCAGCCCCUGCAAGAGCCGCUGCUGCCUCCCCUGGGACAGCUGGCUGGCUGACAGGCUUGUCCAGAAGCAGCGGGACAGAGGCUUGGCGGUGAGCACUGUGUGUGGAGACACCUGAGAGGAUCCGGGCCGCAGGUUCACGGGUGAGGAAACUGGGCAGCGAACCCAAACCCCUUCAGUCAUAUCAACAUCAGAAGCCGAGCGAGGACUGGAACUCACUACCCUGGAGCUUUUUGCUACUAGAGCCCAGCUGCUGUAAUUUUCUUGAGGGUGGAUGAUGUAGAGAAGAAAGCAUUAACAAAGAGACCUGGAUUUUGGAGUGGGCAGUCACAGGGCUGGGUCUGGUUUUACAAAGCAGAUUUGAACAUGGAAUUCAAUCCUUCAGACCAUCCUCGGGCCAGCACAAUAUUCCUCAGUAAAUCUCAGACGGACGUGAGAGAAAAACGCAAGAGUCUCUUCAUUAACCAUCAUCCUCCAGGACAAAUAGCGAGGAAAUACAGCUCCUGCUCCACUAUUUUCCUAGAUGAUAGCACAGUCAGUCAACCAAACCUCAAGUAUACAAUUAAAUGUGUAGCUCUCGCAAUAUAUUACCACAUCAAAAACAGGGACCCAGAUGGAAGGAUGCUCUUAGAUAUUUUUGAUGAAAACCUUCACCCUCUUUCGAAAUCCGAAGUGCCACCAGAUUAUGAUAAACACAACCCAGAGCAGAAGCAGAUUUACCGGUUUGUUCGGACACUGUUCAGUGCUGCUCAGCUGACGGCCGAAUGUGCCAUUGUCACCCUGGUAUACCUUGAAAGACUUUUAACGUAUGCAGAGAUAGACAUCUGUCCGGCCAACUGGAAGCGGAUUGUUCUAGGGGCGAUCCUGCUGGCCUCCAAGGUUUGGGAUGACCAGGCUGUGUGGAAUGUGGACUACUGUCAGAUCCUGAAAGACAUCACGGUGGAGGACAUGAAUGAGCUGGAGCGACAGUUUCUGGAAUUGCUGCAGUUCAACAUCAACGUUCCUUCCAGUGUUUAUGCCAAGUAUUAUUUUGAUCUUCGUUCUCUGGCAGAAGCAAACAACCUGAGCUUUCCCUUGGAGCCCCUGAGCAGGGAGAGGGCUCACAAGCUUGAGGCCAUCUCUCGCCUCUGCGAGGACAAGUACAAGGACCUGCGUCGACCCACGAGGAAGCGGUCAGCGAGUGCUGACAAUCUGACUCUGCCCAGGUGGUCCCCGGCCAUCAUCUCCUAACCGUGGGGGCCCCGCUGGAGGCCGCACCAUCCCUCUGUUUCUCCUUUAGUUUGAGAAAAGACAGACUUGGGGUGGUUUUUGUUUUCCUUUCCUUUUCUUUUUUAAUUCAUAGCUCUGUCAGGCUGCCUUGAUGACCGCCUCCAAGCUGUGUGGCCCACAUGCAGCAAGGCCUCCAGGGAAGCGAAUCAGUAUUCUGGAAAUCCCGUUUCAUGCCCUUCCCCAUCGUCAUUAACAGCACUUCCCUCAAGGAGGAAAAAGACUCUAAUCCUGGAGAAGGAAACAAAGGGAAAGGGAAGUCGUGUAGAGGCAGGGAAAAGGUGAAAUGGCUCGGCCAUUUCUUAAGUACCCGUCUGGUCAGUAGAUGAAUAUGAUGGAAAAACCCAGCAGUAGGUAACAAAGUCGGAUGUGCAUUAAAGACAAGAGUGUGCGCUUAUCCACCUCCAUCUGGAUCAGUAUGUUCUAUAAGACUUCUUGCAUUCCUUCUAGCUGCUUUUUUGGGAUUUGGGGGAAUUUUUGUUUUGGUUUUGUUUCUGUUUUGGUUUUGGUUCCACAGAGCAGAGAAUAUAGUUUGUACCCACCAUGGCACAGACAUCCAAAUAAAUAGUACUGGUUGUUUCUCUCUGCACUA